AUGGAAGCUGAUAUUGAGUCCUAUGUGAAAACUUGUUUGGUGUGUCAACUAGACAAGACAGAAAGGAGAAAGGUAGCAAGUUUGUUGCAACCUAUACCAAUUCCGGAGAGGCCUUGGGUGUCAGCCUCUCUUGACUUCAUUGGUGGGUUCCAAAAGGUAGAAGGUAUGUCUUCUGUCCUUGUUGUUGUGGAUAGAUUUUCGAAAUAUGCAAUUUUUAUAGCAGCACUAGAAGCUUGUUCAGCGGAGACAGCUGCUGCUUUGUUUUAUAAAAAUAUGGUGAAGUAUUUCGGAGUACCAGUAGACUUGGUUAGUGAUCGGGAUGCACGGUUUACUGGAAGUCNUGGUGAUGGGCCACUUGAUAAUAAGCAGUCUUCAAGUUUAAACAACGUUAGUUUUGCGACUCCUCAAGUUAGUAUACUUGAUGCAUACUACAGGGGGUUGAGUAACGUUUUUCUUGGAGAUUUCCCAAAUCAGCCGCCCAAUUUUUUUAACUUUACUGGUGAUGUUUCGGAUGUAUCAAUAUUCACCGCGAGCGGGACAAAGGCGAGGCUCAUAAAUUAUGGUGAAGCAGUUGAAAUUGUGUUCCAAGGAACAAAUCUCCAGGUGGCAGAAACCCAUCCUUUGCAUUUACAUGGUUACAGCUUCUUUGUGGUGGGAACUGGUUCUGGGAAUUUCAACAAUGAGACAGAUCCUUCAUCUUAUAAUUUGGUUGACCCACCAGAACUUAACACCGUGAACGUUCCCAGGAAUGGAUGGACUGCAGUUCGAUUUUUUGCUAACAAUCCUGGAGUGUGGUUUGUGCAUUGUCAUUUGGAAAGGCACGCCACCUGGGGCAUGGAUACACUUCUCAUUGUCAGGAAUGGGCAGUCCGAUGAUCAGAAAAUUCGACCACCUCCUGCCAACAUGCCAUCUUGUUCUUAA